AUGACCCGCCCACUUUGUUCACAGCCAAUGAGAAAAGGCGUCCGCGGGAGGCCGCUGUACGGCGAAGCUACUUCCGGGGAGGGAGUGGAAGUGGAAAGGGAGGGAGGAGUUCUCGAAGCUUCUGAAGGCGUGGGCAGCACCGUCCCAGUCCUUGGGACUCAGCCUGUUAGGGCCGCAGCCAUGCUGAAAUGUGGGAUGAGCGGCAGCCAGGUUAAAGUAUUUGGGAAAGCAAUCCAAGCUCUAUCAAGAGUUAGUGAUGAGCUGUGGCUAGACCCAUCUGAAAAAGGUCUUGCUUUAAGGUCUGUGAAUUCUUGUCGCUCAGCAUACGGAUGUGUUCUCUUCUCUCCUGUGUUUUUCCAACAUUAUCAUUGGUCAACCUCAGUAGAAGUGAAUGGCACAAAAUCAAAUUUAAAUUGCAAGUUGGGAAUGAAGUCAAUUCUGCCCAUAUUCAGAUGUCUGAAUUCCCUCGAAAGAAAUGUAGAGAUGUGCAAAAUAUUCACCAGAUCUGAUAAAAGUAAAGUAGUCAUUCAAUUAUUCUGCAGACAUGGUAUUAAAAAGACUCACAAUGUGUGUUUUCAAGAAAGUCAGCCUUUGCAAGUUCUUUUUGAAAAGAAUACAUGUAGUAAUAUACUAAUGAUUCAACCAAGAGUGCUUGCUGAGGCAAUUGUUCUUUUCACAUCAAGUCAAGAGGAAGUUACUCUUGCAGUUACUCCACUGGAAGUUUGCAUUAAGAGUUCUACUGAGGAAUCAAUGGAUUUGAACAGUUCUGUAUACAGUGAGAUGUUUGUGGGUCCACAUGAGUUUGAGUUCUUUCAAAUUGGGGUUGACACUGAAAUAACAUUUUGCUGCAAAGAAUUGAAGGGAAUGCUGAUAUUUUCGGAAGCUACACAUGCUCCUAUAACCAUGCAUUUUGAUUUUCCUGGGAAACCUUUGGCUUUAAGUAUUGACCAUAUGCUAUUGGAAGCUAACUUUAUUUUGGCUACAUUAGCCGAUGAGCCAAGUAGAGCAUCUUCUCCGCAAUCAUUGUGUCUAUCACAAAAACGAAAAAGGUCAGAUCUGGCAGUUUCAAAUUCAAAGGUUGGUAAAAAAGAUAACAAGGCCAUGGAGUCUAUCUCAAGAAAAGUAGCACCCAGAAACCUUUAUGCCGAUGAGAUUCUCUCAAACAUCUCUACGUUGGAAAAUUCUGGCAGUCCUAUAAUGAAAAGAGUGAAUAGUGACACAGAGGAAGAGCCAGGGUCUUCAUCUCUCAGGAAGGUAAAAGAAAAACAUUGAGACAUAACUGUGUCUCAGUCAAGAAUUCUCAUCAUCUGUCACCCUUUUGUAGUCUCCCUGCUCCAGCCCACCCUCAAUAUCCUGGAGAUACAUUUUCUUACUUUUUGACAGUAGAGAGUUGAAACCAAUCUGCGAUGGAGAAAAGACUGAUUUAUUUUAUAGACCGUUAAUAUGAUUAUUUUUUAUGUGGUUGUUGUUUUGCUUAAUCCCUUCAUCAGAGUAAUUUCUAACAGUAUAUUCAAGUAGGGAUUUGGAUCACUUAUUUUAAAGAAUAAAUGAUGAUCGUGUAUAGCAUACAUAUCUUUGAAUAGAAAUAAUAUGCUAGUCAUAUAGUUUGUUUUCUAAAAUAAACGUUCUUCUCAUUUCAUUUUUCAAAUCUGUUUGGAAAACCAUUUAUUCAUAGUGAUACAAUAUAACUUUUACCCCCCAAACAUCACAAAUUCCUUCAUAGCAAAGUCACAGUUAAUAACAUAUAAAAACACCAACAUUUUACUAGAUUGAUGAUAAGCUUCACAGAACGCUAACAUUAAGCCUUAUGAAAUCUACUGAGGAUAAACACAAUUUAUUAGAAACAGAAGUAUCUCAAAUAAUGAGUUUCAAUUUUACAUUUACAUUAAUAUUUUACUUAAGACUGUUUUGCUAUUGCUGUUAUUAUUGGUUUGGGAAUAUGAGUUUCUUAGUUAGAAUUAGAAAUCUAGAAGGAGAAAUAUUGUUUCUAAAAGUCACUAUCUUAAGCUGUACAAAAGACUUUUUAGGGCUGUAAUAUUGC